AUGGCAGCCAUUGGAGUUCCUGUGAAUUUACUGGCGAUUAUCAUCCUGCCCCGGGGUAAAUGCGGCCUCUCCACCUCCACCACUCGUUACCUGGUGGCUAUGGCGGUGGCGGAUCUACUGGUCAUUAUCACUGAGGUAAUCCUGAGUCAAAUCAAAUAUCAUUACUUCCCACUGAGUUUCCUGGACAUCACUCCUGUGUGCGCUGUUAUCCACGUACUCCGUCGAAUAACCACAAAUUGUUCAGUCUGGUUCACCGUCACAUUCACCUUUGAUCGAUUUGUCGCCAUUUGUUGUCAGAAGCUGAAAACUAAAUAUUGCACCGGGAAAACUGCGGCUGUGGUGCAAAUAACAACCGGACUUCUUCUGUGUCUGAAAAAUAUUCCGUUUUACUUCGCAACGGAACCUGGGAAGAUUAUUGACAACCUCCCGUGGUUCUGCGGUCCCAAGCCAAGCUACUUCACUGACAAAGUCCGGCACAUAUUGGUGGCCAGUCGUGUCUGGAGGGGGCUCAGAGGUCAGAGCAAACGGGAGAACAGUAGAGACCCGGAGAUGGAGAACAGGAAAAGGUCUGUGAUUUUACUCUUCACCCUCUCUGGCAGCUUCAUCCUCUUGUGGCUGACGGUUGUCGUAGAAUUCGUCUAUUACCAGGUCAAAGGGACAGGAGAGGCCAGCAUUGGUUCCGAAAAUGUUUUGGCACAAGUUGGCUACGCGUUAGCGAACGUAAGUUGCUGCACCAACACCUUUAUCUACGCAGUGACUCAGUCCAAGUUCAGGGAGCAGGUGGACGGGCUCCGCAACAACUCAGCUCCAACUUGUCUCCACUCCGCUCGCUCCAACUUCGCCUCCGACCCCAACUUCUCACGGAGCACCUUCAGAACUCCGGCCUGCGGAGCCUGCAUGAAAGUGAUUGAUGGAAAUUACAGAAAGGCGAGGAGCAGCGGGCUUUGA